GCGGUGCAGAAGCGGAUGAGGAAGCAGUCAGCUCCAAGACUGACGACCUCAUCUCUAGUGUUACUCUCAUCCCCACCGCACCUCCAUUUCUUGCUCCUCCUGCUCUCUCAGACCCCCUGUACCUGCAGGGGACAGGCAGCCACAGCCUACUGCAAAGCGGAAGAAGAGUUGAGGUUUCGCGAGGUUCCUGCCAAGAUGGAGAUCACCAAUGUCAUGGAGUACCAGGCCAUCGCCAAGCAGAAGCUGCCCAAGAUGGCGUACGACUACUACGCGUCGGGCGCCGAGGACGAGUGGACGCUGAAUGAGAACAGGGAGGCCUUCUCAAGGAUCCUGUUCCGCCCACGCAUACUGAUCGAUGUGUCCAAGAUUGACAUGACCACAACUGUGCUGGGAUUCAAGAUCUCGAUGCCCAUCAUGGUUGCUCCUACUGCCUUUCAGAAGAUGGCUCACCCAGAUGGAGAGUUGGCGACCGCACGCGCCGCAUCUGCAGCAAACACCGUAAUGACACUGUCGUCCUGGGCUACUUCAAGUGUUGAGGAGGUUGCCUCGACUGGACCGGGGAUCCGCUUCUUCCAGCUCUAUGUCUACAAGGACAGGAAGGUGGUGGAGCAGCUUGUGAGGAGAGCUGAAAGGGCUGGAUUCAAGGCCAUCGCGCUUACUGUCGACACUCCGCGCCUUGGUCGCAGGGAAGCUGACAUCAAGAACAGAUUUGUUCUGCCACCCAACCUGACGCUCAAGAACUUCGAGGGCCUGGACCUCGGCAAGAUGGACCAGGCUGCUGAUUCAGGGCUGGCUUCGUAUGUGGCCGGGCAAAUCGACCGCACCCUGAGCUGGAAGGACGUCAAGUGGCUGCAGACCAUCACCACGCUGCCGAUCCUCGUCAAGGGAGUCGUCACUGCAGAAGACACGAGGCUGGCGGUGGAGAACGGCGCGGCGGGGAUCAUCGUGUCCAACCACGGCGCGCGCCAGCUGGACUACGUGCCGGCGACGAUCACCGCGCUGGAGGAGGUAGUCAAGGCGGCCCGCGGGCAGCUCCCCGUCUUCCUUGACGGCGGCGUCCGCCGCGGUACUGACGUCUUCAAGGCGCUCGCCCUCGGCGCCGCCGGAAUCUUCGUCGGGAGGCCGGUGGUGUUCUCGCUGGCAGCGGCGGGCGAGGCCGGCGUGUCCAACGUGCUCAAGAUGCUGCGGGACGAGUUCGAGCUCACCAUGGCGCUCAGCGGCUGCACCUGCCUCGCCGACAUCACCCGCAACCACAUUAUCACCGAAUCUGACAAGCGCACCGUCAUGCCGUCGCGCUUGUAAAUACCUAGCAUACUACGCCGCCCUCGCGCGAGGCUCGCCGUCACGCCGCCGUUCGUCCUCGCCGCCGGCCGCUAUUGGGAUUAUGCAUGCACGCAUGCUCGAUGAUAGUAUAAUUUUGGACCGCGUAUAUGUUUGCUUCAAGGGAUCGAUUACUGUACCGUAAAAUUAAAUCUUACAGGUUACAUGGACUGUAGUAUUUGAUCACAAAAUGUUUCCUCCA